ACUAAAAAGGGUAAAACCUUGCUAGGUCUUUAAACUCUUUAAGUGCAUUGACCAGUGUAGCUAAAGCAGUGGUUCUCAAACAUUUCUUUAUGACAUGCCCCCUUCAGAAGCAAUAUAAAAGUCAACAUUUUUUUUAUUAUUGACCUGUUCAUUAUUAGUUAAAUAAAAGAUGAGCAGCAAGAACUAUUGAUGCUGCCAGCCUUUGCUGUGGUCUUGGUAUCUUAAAAUGUUAAACAAUUGUUAAAACUGUGAGACUUUACGUUUUCCUGAUCUAAUGUUCUUCUAUAUGAUAAAUUAGUGUGUGUGCGCAUAUGUGGGCAAUUAUUGGACAACCACACCCUAUAUAAGGGAGACAUCCCUCCCAUCAGACUUAGCUGACCUGGUUUCAGUGCAGAUUGGAGCAGUGUUAUCGUGUCACUACUUGCUCUGAUCCCAGAUCAUUGAAAUGCUGUGAACAUCCAGAACUGCAGUGUUGCAGAACAGAUCAGCAGUGCUAUUUAUUUUACAGGCCUGUUGAUCCUCUGGUUCAAACUUUUAUUUAUUUCCAGGCUUAGCUGUGCUUAACUGGCCAUUUCUUGGACUCCAUCCUCCCUUUGUCUGUCAAAUGAAGAAGUUGGGUACUGCUAGCACUGGCAUGUCCAUACUGUACUGAUUGUGGCAAAAUGGUAGCUUCUAUUUCAUCCGUCCUCCUUCCUCUGCCUCCCUCACCCUCUCCUGAGAGAAGUAACCCAGAUUUUUAAAUGAAUCGCUGCUUAUUCCCCUCAAUCUUCCUCCUCUCUCUCUCUCUCUCUCUCUCUCUUUAUUCCUCUAUUUUUUCCUCCCUUUCUCUCUCUUACUCUUUGCAUCUCCCAUCCUCUUCCUCGUAAAACAGAAUCAAUCUUGGAAAGAGAAUACUACCACUCCUCAUCCUCCUCCUCACCCUGCCUUUGGGUUAACGGAUAUAUAUACCACUUCACUACUCUAUCUUUGGUUCUUAGAAAGCUUGAAUCGCUCAAAUUCUUUGUUACAGGGGUCCUGAAGUUUGAAGUUUUCUUUUUUUUUUUCUUUUUUUUUUGUAAUUUUUUGGUCUCGUUCUUUUCUGCUAGCCACUGCUUCUCUUGGUGUGUCUGUUUUUUCUUCUUGUUCUCUUUUUGAGGUGACUAGCUACAGGUGUGACACCUUAGCUUCUGAUUUGAACUGAGUCAGACGAAGAGAGGAAGAGGGCAAAGCUGUUUUUUGGCCCGGACUCUGCAAAUUUACAAGUUCAGCCUGUAAGACCUCCUUUGACGAUCAUUCACUCCCCUUCUCCCUCCUCUAGCCUCUCUGCUGCAUCUCUUAGGCAUCAUGUCCACUCCGGUUUCCCCUCCCCCCUCCCUUUCCCCACUGACACUGGCCUCCCCUACAUCUGCAACAUCUCCCAGUGCUUCCCCUCUGCCCUCGCCACUAUCCCCUCCACCCAGGGUGCCCGUGUUUCAAAGGAAAGGAGCGCUCAAACACAAGAGGAUUGUGGAGGUGAAAGACCAUCAGUUCACAGCACGCUUCUUCAAACAACCCACCUUCUGCAGCCACUGCACCGACUUCAUAUGGGGAAUCGGCAAGCAGGGAUUCCAGUGUCAAGUUUGCAGUUUUGUGGUCCACAAAAGAUGUCACGAGUUUGUGACCUUCACUUGUCCUGGCUCUGUGACUGCCCCCAGACCUGAUGACCUGAAGAGCCGACACACAUUUAAAGUCCACACAUACUCCAGUCCCACAUUCUGUGACCACUGUGGCUCGUUGCUGUACGGUCUCAUCCACCAGGGCAUGAAAUGUUCCAGUUGUGACAUGAACGUUCAUCGGCGGUGUGAGACCAGCGUCCCCAGUCUCUGUGGCCAGGAUCACACAGAAAAGAGAGGAAGAAUCCAUCUGACCAUCAGAGGAGACAAGGAGGAUAUCUAUGUUACAGUGCGAGAGGCUCGGAACCUGAUGCCCAUGGAUCCGAAUGGCUUGUCAGACCCAUACGUUAAACUGAAAUUAAUUCCAGACCCAAAGAGCCACAGCAAACAGAAGACUAAGACCAUCCGUUCAACACUCAAUCCUGUCUGGAAUGAGAGUUUCACCUUCUCAGUGCGUGGCCACCAGUGGGACAGGCGUUUGUCUGUGGAGGUGUGGGACUGGGACCGCACAUCUAGGAAUGACUUUAUGGGAGCGCUGUCAUUUGGAGUCAGUGAGAUCUUCAGGCGCCCUAUAUGUGGUUGGUUCAAGCUGCUGGCUCAAGAUGAGGGGGAGUACUACAACAUCCCUGUGCCAGAUCCAGACCUGCAGGAACCUCAGCCAGAUGUUACAACACCCACUCUGCCUCUGGUGGUACCUGCCCCAGUACCUGAACCCUUCCCUGUGGUCCUAUCCCCAACCCCUGUCCCAUCCUGCCCACCUGUCCACACACCAGGUCCCAGCAAAGUCAAAGUGGGCAUCCACGACUUCAACUUCCUCAUGGUGCUGGGCAAAGGCAGCUUUGGCAAGGUGCUCUUGGCGGAGGAACGAGGUAGUGAGCGUCUGUUUGCUGUGAAAGUCCUGAAGAAAGAUGUUCUCUUCCAGGACGAGGACACAGAGAGUGCUUUGGUAGAGAGGAGGGUACUGGCGCUCCCCUCUCGCCCUCACUUCCUCACAUCACUGUAUUGCGCCUUCCAGACUGAGGACCGUUUGUAUUAUGUGAUGGAAUAUGUCAAUGGAGGAGACCUGAUGUUUCACAUUCAGCAAGUUGGGAAGUUCAAAGAGGCGCAUGCAGCGUUUUAUGCAGCAGAGAUAGCAGUCGGCCUCUUCUUUCUUCACAGCAAAGGCAUCAUCUACAGAGACCUGAAGCUAGAUAAUGUGCUGCUUGACAGUGAGGGCCACAUAAAGAUAGCUGACUUCGGGAUGUGCAGGGAGGGCAUGUACGAGGACGACACCACACGCACAUUUUGCGGCACUCCUGACUACAUUGCCCCUGAGAUUGUGGCAUAUCAGCCGUAUAAUAAAGCAGUGGACUGGUGGUCUUAUGGAGUACUGCUGUAUGAAAUGUUGGCAGGACAGCCACCAUUUGACGGUAUUGAUGAGGAGGAGCUGUUUCAGUCCAUCAUGGAGCAAAGUGUGUCUUACCCAAAAUGUCUCUCACGUGAAGCAGUCGCCAUCUGCAAGGGACUAAUGACGAAGCACCCAGCCAAGCGUCUGGGUGGAGGAGAAGAUGCAGAGAGGGAGAUCAGGGAGCAUCUGUUCUUCCGCUGGAUUGACUGGGACCGUCUGGAGAGGCUGGAGAUCCAAGCGCCCUUCAAACCCAGAACUGGUGGACGGAAAGGUGAGAACUUUGACAAGUUCUUCACAGGAGCUCCAUCAGCGCUCACUCCAUCCGAUCCAGAUGUGCUUGCAGCUAUCAAUCAGGAAGACUUCCAGGGCUUCUCCUUCCUCAACCCAGACUUUGCCCCCUCACCUCUCACCGCUGUUUGAAAAUGGCUCCCAAACCUGCUCCUUCAAGUGUCCCCCCUAUAAUCCUUCAAAUAGUAGUUUUUAUAGCAGAGAAUUUGAGCAUGAGAACUAGCAGCAAAUAUUACACCACUAAUAACCAAAUUCUGACGUUUACAUGAAAAUACCAAGACACCUUGAUAUUCAUGAACUUUCUUUGAUGUAUGUAUGAAUUAGCUACAGCAUCUGUAUCAACACUGCAAACAAAGCCAGUACUACAGAUAGCACUUUAGUUUAUAUAU